GUAUAGCACGAGCACGUGGUCGUGACGCGGGGGCAGACGCGCGUUACUGCCAGGACAUGGUCAGAAACCUUGCUUCUUGACUUCCUCAGCUCGCUCAGCGAGCAUCCUUGCAUGGGAAUACUAGGUAUAGGCGUCGACGUGCUACAUGUGCCUCGCAUAGCGGCCCUCGCACGGAGGCAAUCAGCAAUGAGACUAGCAUCGCGCAUCCUCAGCCCUCCGGAACUCGCUGCGUGGAACGGCAUUCCAACUGUGGAUCAAGAGCGGAGGAUUCGCUUUUUAGCCGUGCGCUGGAGUGUCAAGGAAGCUGCGUACAAGGCACUAUACCCGACAGCACGUCUGACAUGGAAGGAAUUGACAUUCCUCAAUACACCGGAGCUUAUGGACGGUCAAAAGCCUGUCCUGCAGUACGCUCCCAAGAGCUCCAUGAAAUCUCUUGGGAGGUUGCACUCCUCUGUCAGUCAUGAUGGGGAGUACAUAUUCGCGACUGUGCUAGCAGAGACCUGCUUUGAAGCCCCAGAUUGAGACCUGACAUCUGAUGGACAUCGGAAAGUGCGCCAACCAGCACUACGUCUAACGCGGUGCCCGGGAGUAUGGACGGUCUGGCGUGUCAACAAAUGGGUUCGAGCGAGCAGCCGAUGAGAAGGCUGGCUGGACCACGCGUGGGUCAAGUUGCAGUAUCGAAAGGAUCGGUCGAGAAGGGAGGGAGAAAUAUCCAUGCUAGCCCUACAGUUCGAGCGGGGAGGUACAGGGUGUUGCACCACACAUAUAUAAGUACCACCAGCGUGCGCCAGAUGGUGCUUUCGAUGCAAACGCCUGAGCGGAAUGAUAGAAUCGGUGGUGGUCUAAUGCAUCGAGAAAUUUGUGACUUA